AUGAGAAAGCAGUUGCUUUUGCCGCUUACCAGGGCAAAGAAUUUCAAAGCAGAGUCCACCAUUGGCUUGACAGAAGCUUCUGCUUCUUUGGACCGCUUUCACCAACUCGAUUCUCUCAAAGACCCUGGGGUGCAGAUGUUUCUGCGCAACCGAGACAAUCAGAUUCGGCAACAGCAACUGGCAGAUAUUUUCCUGUCCCAGCAAGCAGCAGAGGAGAAGGAUGAGGACCAUUCGAGCCUGGCCCACCAUGAGAAAGCCGGCUUCCACCAGUCGAUUACCGAGGUACUUACGGAGUACGAGUGUUACGGCUGUGGCAGAAUGACGUCUCGGCGUUGCGGUAAAUGCAGGAGGGACUUCUUCUGCUCUGAAAGCUGCGAGGCCAAGAGAAGCCCACGUCAUGCAUUCCAGUGCAAACUAGGCCGUCCUCUCACAACGGCAGACUACCUUCUUCUAGACGUCGUCGCCGAUAAGAUGCCAGAAGAUCCAGAUGUUCUAAGCGACUUCGGAUUCAAGAAUCUCAUGACGCCGGACCGAUCCAAGCUGAUGGGUCUCUACCAGGGUCUCGAAUACCUCGGAAUUUCAGCUGAAGAACUUCACGAGUGGCAGCAAUCCGGGUGUUUGGUUGACCGUAUUCAGAGAACCUACUUGAAGAUCCCAGAGAGAAGCCGUGGUGGUUACUUUCCUUGGUUCAUGGAGAACCAUCAUGAAAUCUUUAGGUCUCAAUCGGAGCAGAGGUCAUCGGGCAAAGACCUACUUCAGAAAUACCUGGACAAUGUGAGCAUUCAUCUGGAACCUCAAGACCGGGGGAAACCUCUAGAGCAGUUCGAGCCUCAGAGCAAACGAGACGCCCUUUUGUUCUUCGCCAUUCUUGCGCAACAGUGUCGUCCAAAUCCCAGCUUCGCAAUGUACCUCGAUUUCGGCUUCUGCGUCUGUCAUAACUCAAAUAUGGAGCAAAACCUUGCUGUUCUCUAUCAGCACCUUCUGUUUGGUACCACUCUUCACGAGGAAUGGACGUCAGGGAUGGAAAUGGAACUCAAUCUUUCGUCGAGCCCUCCAUUGCGCACCUUCAUGGAGUUCUGGCGGGCAUUUGACGAGAGCCGCCUGAUCAAUCUGAUGGACGAUAGAGGGUUGAAGUCUAAGAGAGAAGAGUUCCCCCAUCUGGAUUCUGUGCUCAGCCGCAAAGCUGGCGAACCAUUGCCACACGUCUGGAUCUUGCAGACCUUCCUGAACGAUGACAAUGCAACUGUUGCUCCGGAUUGCAUUCUGUUUCAGUACGGAUUCAUUGGUUGCGCGAAUUCUGUCGACCUUACAGAACUGAAAGACUUUUACCAGGAAGUUCUGAUGCAUGCGGAUGCUCUGGAGUUAGAAAAAGCUUCAAAGGAGCAGCGGUUGUUAACUUUUGCAAAGUCUUACAUUGACGUAAGCGGAAAAGUCACGAAGAUUCUUGAAAAGUCCUUUCAGCUCAGCCUGUCUUCUAUCAACUAG